UGUUUACACACCCACGAAAAAGGAGGGGACUAGCGGCGCAAAGUAUGCUCGCGGAGCAAGCAUAGAGCGGUGGUGAGGAAAGUGACGGAGUCACAGCAUAGGCUCACUAUAUGGUAAAGAAGAGGUAACUUAUUCUAGGUUUCAAAAUUGCGUUUUACAGCGGAAUGUUCACUCGAAGGGGCCAUGGAGACGUCAAGAAAUCUACACAGAAAGUUCUGGACCCAAAGAAGGAUGUAUUGACCCGACUGAAGCACCUCCGGUCCCUGUUAGAUAUCAUUGAGAAGAGUGAAUUGAAGACCUUCUUCGAAAGCAACUGUUCGCAGAUUUAUUUUAUCUUCUAUGAAAAUUUCAUUACACUGGAAAGUAACUUAAAGCAAAAAGGGAACAAAUCUCAGAGGGAGGAGCUGGACUCGAUCCUCUUUAUUUUUGAAAAAAUUCUGCAACUUCUACCAGAACGAAUCUACAGUCGAUGGCAGUUCCACAGUAUAGGUUCUAUUCUGAAAAAGCUUUUGCACACUGGAAACUCGUUCAAGAUCAGAUGUGAGGGAAUUCGUCUGUUCCUGCUGUGGCUGCAGGCCCUGCAGAAUAACUGUGCAGAGGAGCAGUUCCUCAUCUUUGCCUGCCUGGUGCCAGGCUUCCCUGCCGUGCCCUCCACCAGAGGACCCUGUACCCUGGAUACCAUCAUCUACAACCCUUUCUCCAACCCGCCCGAUGCCAAGGUGGUGCCUGAGGAGAUUACUCCGCUGGUGCCAGCUGUGCCAGGGGAGAAGCUGGCAGACGACCAGACCUGCUACAUCCUCCAAACCCUGCUCAAGUUUAUGGUUGUCCAGGCAUCCAGUUUAGAGUGGAAGAACAAAGACAACCAGGACACCGGCUUCAGGUUUCUCUUCAGUCUGUUCAAGAAGUACUACCUUCCUCACCUCUUCCCCUCGUUCACCAAGCUCACCAACCUUUACAAGCCGCUUUUAGACCUCCCCCACCACAGACCAAAGCCUCUGUAUGUCCCAGUGACCCGUAACAACGAGAGCACGUUCUGUACGAGAGACCAGUACCUGGCUCCCCGUGUGGCCUUCAUCACCUGGCUGGUCACCUUCUUCCUGGAGAAGAAGUAUGUCAGCACCGCCACCCCCAGCGCCAAGAACGGGACUAACGAGGUCAUCCCCAAACUCAUCCAGACUGUCACUGCAGGCAGUAGCAGUCAGGAGAAGGAUAAAGACCGUGGUGGCGAGGGCCCCACAGAGCCAGAGAAGAGCCACUCUAACAGUAGCACGCUGUCUGACUGGCGCCCCAGCGACUCCAGCCUGUGCAGCAUCGACGAGGAGCACCGCAGCGUCUACGACAUGGUGCACGCCAUCCUACUCUCCACACGGGACAACAUCAACUUCGUCAACGAGGUCUUUCACCAGGCCUUCCUGUUGCCCUCCUGUGAGGCGUCAGCGACCCGGAAGGUGAUCAAGGUGUACAGGAAGUGGAUCCUGCAGGAGAAGCCAGGCUUCAUGACGGAGCCGGAGAAGAGCAGACAGGCCGAGGUGGAGGAGAACCCAGAGCAGCUGCUCAUCACUGAGACCGAUAGCACACACACACAGGCGUUAGAAAGUCAUGGUCACAAGCGCUCGUCCAGUUGGGGCAGAACAUACUCCUUCAGCAGUGCCAUCAGCCGGGGCUGUCUCACUGAGGAACAGAACAGAGAUAUCAAGGCUGGCAUCCAGCCCACCCUGCAGGUGUUCCUGACCAACUCGGCCAACGUGUUUCUGCUGGAGCCGUGCCAGGACGUGGCCAAACUACUGGACAACCAGGUGGAGGUGUGCAAAGGGGUGCUGAGCAUCUACCGACACAUGAUCAUGGAGCACGCCAUGAACACACAGACAUGGGAGCAGAUGCUACAGGUGCUGCUGAGGAUCACUGAGUCGGUGAUGAAGAGGCCUCAGGAGAACCAAAGAAAAGACAUCUUUGCUGAGAGCCUGGCUGCCAUCCUUUUCCGGACGAUCAUCGUGGCGUGGGUACGGGCCAACCUGUGUGUGUUCAUCUCUCGGGAGCUGUGGGACGAGCUGCUGUCUGUGCUGUCAUCUCUGACAGGCUGGGAGGAGCUGGUGACCGAGUGGGCCAGCAUCAUGGAUUCUCUGACCGCGGUCCUAGCCCGCUCCGUUUACGGACUGGACAUGAGCAACCUGCCCCUGGACAAACUCAGCGAACAGAAGGAGAAGAAACAGAGGGGACGGGGGGUGAUCCAGGACUCCCAGAAGGCAGCAGCGGUGGCCAGGUCCUUCUCUUUAAGCUGGAGGAACCAGGGAGACCAGCAGGGGGUCCAGGAGCCCAUGAGGUUCCGCAGCGCUACCACCUCAGGGGCCCCCGGCGUGGAGAAGGCACGCAACAACGUACGACAGAAAGCCACAGCUAAGCGAAGCCAGUCUAUCAGCAGCUGUGUCCAUCUUUACGAGGCUCUGCCCGCUACUAAAAGCGUUCCUAUGCUGCUUCACACUGUGAGCUCUUUCUUGCCUGGUCUCUCCUCCUCUUCCGGUAACUCUUGCUCUCACAGGCUUUCAGAUGUGGAGGAGGGCCAGCUGUCUGAGUGUGGGGGAGACGGGGAGCUGGAGGCUGGAGACAGCCCUCUACCACGCAGCAGCAGCACCUCCGACAUCACACAGCAACUGACUGACACCUUCCCAGGCCACAAGAGGGAGUACUCCCCCAACAACUCCUGUGGCUCCGAUGGCAGGGCGUCGGAAGCGAGGACAGACGGCGACCCGCCAGUGAUUCUGAUCCGGAGGAGCAGCAGUCCGGCCGAGCUGGACUACUCUGUAGAGGGACACAACUAUGCAAGGCCCACGCUCCAGGAAAAAAGUGUGAGUGUGAGCAGCGAGACGUCCAACGGCUACUUGAACGACGCUGACGGCAGCCUGCUGGCCUGGCAGGCCUUUGAGGAGGAGGCAGACACUCAGUCAGCCCAGAUAGAUGUCACAGCAGACACAGGGAGCCAGAGGAACCUGCUGCUCAGCCACAAUCAGGCCCUGGCAGACAGCCGUGAGUGUCUGACUGAUGAUGUCAGCAUCAUCGCAGGCGGGAGCAUGACCGGCUGGCACGCUGACUCUGCCUUUGUGCUCUGGAGAAGGAUUCUGGGUAUCCUGGGGGACGUCAACAGCAUCCGCUGCCCCAGGAUCCACGCCAAGAUGUUCAGUUACCUCUACGACCUCUGGCACAAACUGGCUAAGAUCCGGGACAACCUGGGCAUCAGUGUGGAUAACCAGUCAUCUCCUCCCCGGCCUGUCUUCAUCCCUCCUCUCAGAAUGCUGGCCUCCUGGCUCUUCAAGGCCACCAUGCUGCCUGCAGAGUUCAAGGCGGGUAAGCUGCAGGCCUAUAAACUCAUCUGUGAGAUGAUGACCAGGAACCAGGACGUGCUGCCCAACAGUGACUUCCUGGUCCAUCUCUACCACGUCAUGCACAAGGGCUUCACCAGCGUGGACCAGGAUGUUCUGAACACGGUGAUCCGUUCCUUUUCCCCGCGCUUCUUCUUCCUGGGCCUGCCUGGCUUCACCAUGCUGGUGGGAGACUUCAUCACCGCUGCAGCACGCGUCCUCAGCAACGGCUCCUCCGAGGCUCCGAGGAUAGAAGCACAGACCGUCCUUGGGUCGCUGGUCUGUUUUCCCAACCUUUACCUGCAGAUUCCACUACUGCAGACCGUUCCCGGAACUGAUGACAUCGUCGUCGGGAACGAGGACAUCAAGGACUAUCUGGUCAACAUCUUACUGAAGACGGCACGGAAUGAACCCUAUGAAGCGGCCAGGUGUAUAGCUGUAUGUAGUCUGGGCCUGUGGGUAUGUGAGGAGCUGAUGCAGCAGAAUAUUCACCACCAGGUUGAGGAUGCCAUCAAUGUUCUGGGCGUAACACUAAAGUUUGGGAACAAAGCUGUGGCUCAGGUAGCCUGUGACCUGUUCCAGCUCCUCAUCUCUCACUGGGAACACCUCCAGAGGCUAGAGCGCUCUCUCCCAAAGAAAAUCAUUGAGAUCUUUGUGGCCACCAUAGCAUUUCUGUUGCCGAGCGCAGAGCACUCGACGGUGGAGGCUGACAAAAAGCUAAUGGUGUCUUUGCUGCUGUGCCUGCUGGACUGGUGCAUGGCCAUGCCCCUGACUAUGCUGCUGGAGCCCAUCACCAUGCCCGUGCUGGAGGACCCCACAUCCCACAAGGCCCCUCUGCUCGACUACAUCUACAGGGUGCUACACUGCUGUGUCUCUGGCUCCAACCUGCACACCCAGCAGAGCCACUACCUCCUGAGUCUGUCUGACCUCUCCACUGACUACGACCCCUUCCUCAUGCUGGGCCAGGUCCAGAGCUCAGAGCCCCUUCUCUCGCACACCACUGCGGACUUGGGCAGCCUGCUCACCGUGGCCGAGGAGAAGAAAAGGCGGAACGUGGAGCUGAUCCCUCUGACGGCACGGAUGAUCAUGACCCACCUUGUGAACCACCUGGGCCACCAUCCCCUCAGUGGUGGUCCCGCCCUCUUACACAGCCUGGUCAGUGAGAACCACGACAACCCCUUUGUGGAGUCAUCAGAACUCUCCUCUGAGGUGUUCAAGAGCCCCAACCUGCAGCUGUUUGUGUUCAACGACAGCACCCUGGUGUCUUACCUUCAGGUGCCCUCAGAGCCCUCUGGUCCAGGGGAAUCCCUCGACAACUCCUCCCAGGUACGCAUCAUCGUCAGGGACAUCUCUGGAAAGUACUCCUGGGAUGGAGGGGUUCUCUACCGCACCCAGGAGGAAGUCAAUGGGAUGCAUCAGGCGAGUGAAAACUCCUCCAACCACUCCACCACCAAGCCCACCUCGCCGGGGACUUCUGAGCGCUCCUACCCCCCAGGCUGGGACUCCCAGUCAGGCUGUGAGGAGGUGGAUGUCCUGGACCAACUCCUGGAGGAACUUGGCAACAGCAGCCCUGAGUGCCUGCCCCAGCCCCUGCUGAGGCUCAACCAGCCAGCCCCCUCUCCCUGUGGGAUGAACCUGGAGCUGGAGGAGGCCAUCGUGGAGGCAAUCCUCAGGCAAACACAGCAGGAAGAAGAGCAGGUGAAGAGGUGGAAUGCAGACGUGAGCGUCAAGGCCGCCAGCCAGAAAGAACCCACUCCACAGGAGCCCAAAGCCCCUUUCUACUUCUGCAGACUGCUACUCAACGACCUGGGCAUGAACUCAUGGGACCACAGGAAAAGCUUUCAUCUCCUGAAGAAGAACUCUAAACUCUUGAGAGAAUUGAAGAAUUUGGAUUCCAGGCAGUGCAGAGAGACGCACAAGAUCGCUGUGUUCUACAUCAGAGAGGGUCAGGAAGAUAAGUGCUCCAUCCUGUCCAACAGCGCAGGCAGCCAGGCCUACGAAGACUUUGUGUCUGGCCUGGGAUGGGAGGUUGAUCUAGCCACACACUGUGGCUUCAUGGGAGGGCUUCAGAGGAACGGCAGCACAGGACACACUGCUCCCUACUACGCUACCUCCACGGUGGAAGUCAUCUUGCAUGUGUCCACACGCAUGCCGUCCAACUCGGACGACUGCCUCACCAAAAAGCUGCGUCACCUGGGCAACGACGAGGUUCACAUAGUGUGGUCGGAGCACAGCAGGGACUACCGGCGCGGCAUCAUCCCCACUGACUUUGGAGACGUGCUGAUCAUCGUGUACCCCAUGAAGAACCACACGUUCUUCAUCCAGAUCAUGAAGAAACCACAGGUCCCCUUCUUUGGGCCUCUUUUCAACGGCGCCAUCGUCACAGGAAUGUUGCUUCCCAGCCUUGUGCGUGCCACCUGCAUCAACGCCAGCAGAGCUGUCAAGUCCCGCCUGACGCUUUACCAGAGCUUCUAUGAGGAGCGGGCGCUGUACCUGGAGGCCAUCGUGCAGAACCACCGAGAGGUCAUGACCUUUGAGGACUUUGCCUCGCAGGUCUUCUCCCCUUCACCCAGCUACUACCCAAUGAGUGGGACAGGCUCUCUCAGCGGCAGCACGAGUGCUGAGCUCAGUGUUUCUUUAGGAACGGACCAGGCGGACCAGGUCUCCCCCACGAUUCCCCGUGCCACAAAGAACAGAGUUUCCGGAAAACUCCGCCGAUCAGCCAGCGCCAUAAGCAAAUCUUCCAACUGAGCACUCUCGCCCGACCCACCUCCCAAACCUCCCCCGCUUCAUCUUUACUACAGGUCCUGCUGUGAAACCUCAUACCUAACCCCUCAUGACUGCAGUUUGGUGUGUGCGUUGUUUGUUUUAUAUCUCGUUUAAACAUAUAACUGGAGCAUAUUGCAUUUUUUUAUUUAUGUGGCAGUUAUUGAUACUUUGAUACAUUUCCAAUUGUUUUACUGUUAAACUGCAUAUUUGACCUGAAGAAGAGAUUGAAGUUUGUUCCGAUGUUGCUGCAUUUUCUGAAAGAAUCUGAUUAAUAUCACUUGUCAGUUCAGCGAUUAAAUAUGGACAGGGAAUUGACUGAACAAUCAUGUCUGGUGGCUUAAAGUCCAUAUAUCAUCAACAUUUCAAAAUUCCCUUUCUAUGUCACAACAAGGAUCUCUAUGUUGACAUAGAAAAGGAAUAUGAUCACCCAUAUGCAUUUUGGUAAGGGUCUUUCCACAAAAUGAGUUCCUUUUGUACCCCUUUGAUAUUUUUAAGUAGAAAUUGUGCACCAAUAUUGAAUUUUAAAAGCCUCUUAUAUUAAAUGGAGUGCUCUUUAAAAGACUCCACAUGGAGAAUUCAAUAAAUCUGUUUUUCUUUCAUGAAUAAAGACUUGCUGAAGUGCCAAAAUGCAGCGUUUUGACAUUUCCCUCUGUGACUUUUCAGAAGAUGUUAACCCACCUAACCCCCAAAUUCCUCCAAGUUUUCACCAUCAUUGUAAAGCCCUAGUUAUUUUCUUGCUUUAACAAAGUCAUUUUUGCUAUUUCAUGUGAUUAAUUUUAAGUAAGAAAAAAACAUUAACAUGUCCCUCAUUUUAAGGUCAACCCUACUAUGAUCUGAACUUUUAAUAUAGUGUACUAGUAAUCAUUUUUUCAGAAGAAACGUUGAACAUAUCAUAGUAAAAUCAUAGUGUUAAAGCAGGUUCUUGAUGAGCUGGUUCUCUUUUUGCCCAUUUUCUGGUGUUUUGUGGUAGAGAACUGAGCGGGUCGAGCAUUACACAUUAACCCUGUUACUCAUAGAUAGACAGGCUAUACAUGUUUUUGAUUUUAUUUCUAAAAUGGUGAAGCUGCAUUCAAUUGCCCCUCCCUGUCCCUGAACACAAGCUUCCAAUCCCUCUGUCGCAAGGGGAAUUAUGACUGAUUUAAGAAUUAUUAUUAUUUUUUAUUUUUUUAACCUUUAUUUAACUAGGCAAGUCAGUGAAGAGCAAAUUCUUAUUUACAAUGACGGCCUAGGAACAGUGGGUUAACUGCCUUGUUCAGGGUGAAAUCAUCAACCCUGUUACAUUUGUUGGCACUUAAUAGGCACUUAAUCUUUGUAUUUAACCUCCUGAGAUGGUAAAACCUGUUUUUUAUUAAGUUGAACAUGUGUUCUUUAUGAACACAUGUUAAAUGUUAAAAUUAUAUGAAAUAAAACUUUUAUUUUUCUUCACCAAGUUACACUACCCAAAAGGGACUCAUUUCAUGGUUUUCCCAUUGACUGCCCCCCCCCCCUUGCGAUUCUGCUGUGUAAAUCACUGAUGAUACUCUUGCUGUUGACAGGAUAGGAUCAUAUUUAAGUGUGUUGUUUUGUCCUGGGACUUGAGCCAUGGAAGCCUGUGUGUCUGUUUGGACCAUACUCAUCCUCAUGUUGUGGAAGGGCUGUGACAUAGGAGGUGCUGCUCUAGCAUAAUGCUGCACCACACCACACACUUCCUGGUUAUGGAGUGCUGUGAGCCAAUGCAGCAGGAGUCUGUUUUUAAUAGUUAUGAACCUGGAGGGGACAGUCAAUGAUGUCUUUCCAACCCCGAGGUGAAUCAAAACUUUUUCUUCUUUUUUAUCGCUAAGGACCUUUUUAAAUGGAUUCCGAUGGAUUUUGUCUUCCUUUUGUUUUAUGCAACUCUGCUGGAAAUGAGAAAAGACUGCAUUUCUAAUUGUUUAGUGAUGCUACCCUGUGUAGGAUUGUUUCACCUGGGUUCAUAACCUGUAAUCCAGUAUCUUCCAUCUGGCUCUUCCUCUGCCAUUGUUCUCUCGUGUUGUAAAGUUAAGAAUGACAUUCCAGUGUUCCCACAGAUGGUCUUUUGCACUCACUGUCAUUGAUAAACUAGCAAUGAAUGUGUAUUUUCUCUUUAUUCUUGGAUGUAAAUUGCUUUAUUUGAUGUUUGUAGUGUUGUAUAAUGUAUACGUGUGUUGUUUUAGAGGAAAACGCCACCGGAGCCUCAGGUGAAUCUUAACUCCAUGCACUGGUGUGUGUAUGCGCAUCCGUGUGUGUGUCUGUAUGGCUGUGUGUAUUUGUGAAGGAGCUUCUCGCAGUGCCUGUGUAAUGUCUGUCCACCAAGAUCCAUUCCAAGACCCCCACCACUGUAAACCACUGUUAGACAUCAUUGGAUUUAUUUUAUUUCUGUUCAUUGCAAGAGCAAAACGGAGGACAGCUAGCCUUGCCUUCCUGUCUCAUGUCUUUGUUAUAGAGGGAGAGACUGUUUUUUCCCCCUGUGUGACUGUAAAGGUCAGUGUCUUGUCCUCCUCGUCCUCACACGUUUUAUAUGAACAGAUUGACUGGGUUUGGCCCACUUUUGUUUCGUCUUUAUUUCAGGAGAUGCUCUGUUCUCCUUUCUCUCUGAAUUGGAAUCAAAUGGCACCUACUCCUCCUAUUUCCCAUGAUGCACCCCGAGUAACCUCGUGAGGCCACAGUGGAGGGGUGGGGGGCUGCGGAGUUAGAAGGCAUACCAGCGCUGUGCUCUGGCGACCCUCUUAGCAACAGGCAGGCUGGCGCUAUGCUACUCACGCCGCCUCGUCCGCCACAACCUGCGCCUUUGGGUUGCCAUGGAAGCCAGGUGUUACUCACACAUUAUGCAGGGUUCCACCAGAGCUGCAUCCCUGUCUGUUGCACUAUUUUGCCUUACCUGUACAUCCUCUCUUUCUUUCAUUUUGUUCUCUCUUUUUUGUGUCCCUUUCUUUCCCAAGCACUGAUUAAUAACAUAGGAGGCAUGAACGGAGAGUUCGUUCAGAAAUAAUGAAGUCCAUUUUGUGAAUUUGAAGAAUGUAUGUAAAUACUGACCUGAGUCAGAUCAAUGCUUUCACCUUCCCAGUAGCCACUGUAAAGAACUACCCAGCUCUUUUUACCGAUCUUCUUAUGGAGUCUAAAUUGUAGAUUAGAUGUUGUGGAUGGGAUUCCUGUCAUAUAUGGGAGUAAAUGGGCGUAAGGUUUGAUUUGACCAGGGCAAGGAUUGUGUCUUACUCAAGACUGGUUCAACUCAUGUGAAGCAACAGAGUUAGUUGUUAAUUCUAGGUUUUGGUUUAGGAAUCCUGUACAUUGUGUCAAAUCGAGGGUUUCAGUCCUUUACCAUAAAUAUAUUAAUGCCUGUAAUAUAAUAUUUGUAUAAGAAGAGGGGGAAAAAGGCUUGAAGAUUUCAUUAUUACUUGUUAACAUAUCAAACCGUUUUUAAUGACUGAAGUCAUGCUAUCUUUAUUAGAAAUGUGAAAAUCAAAAACAUUUCAUUAAAUCAAUUUCAAAUCCUA